AUGGCAACAUCCGAUGACUUAAAGCAGUUGAGGUCUGAUUGUACCUAUCGCUCUAAGUUAGCUGAACAAGCUGAAAGAUAUGAUGAAAUGGCCGAUGCGAUGAGAACCCUAGUUGAACAAUGCGUAAAUAAUGACAAGGAUGAAUUAACUGUCGAGGAGAGAAAUUUAUUGUCCGUUGCAUACAAAAACGCUGUUGGAGCGAGAAGAGCCUCGUGGAGAAUAAUUUCAAGUGUUGAACAGAAAGAAAUGAGCAAAGCAAAUGUUCAUAACAAAAAUAUUGCUGCAACAUAUAGAAAAAAAGUAGAAGAAGAAUUAAACAAUAUAUGCCAAGAUAUUUUAAAUCUUUUGACGAAGAAAUUAAUACCAAACACAUCAGAAAGCGAAAGUAAAGUAUUUUAUUACAAGAUGAAAGGAGAUUAUUAUCGUUAUAUUAGCGAAUUUUCAUGUGACGAAGGAAAAAAAGAAGCAUCUAAUUUUGCACAAGAAGCUUAUCAGAAGGCAACUGAUAUUGCAGAGAAUGAACUACCAUCAACACAUCCAAUACGUUUAGGUCUUGCAUUGAACUAUUCUGUUUUCUUUUAUGAAAUAUUAAACCAACCACAUCAAGCUUGUGAAAUGGCUAAGCGUGCUUUCGACGAUGCCAUCACUGAAUUUGACAAUGUAAGUGAAGAUUCUUAUAAGGAUUCCACGUUGAUCAUGCAAUUAUUACGAGACAACUUAACCUUAUGGACAUCAGACUUACAAGGAGAUCAGACCGAAGAAAAAUCCAAGGAUGAAGGUCUAGAAUAA